AUGCAGAUCCAGCAAGUUUUUCCCACGCGAGCCGACCCCGUUGACCUCUUUGUCGAUGACAUGAACCUGGUUGAAAAGAACUGGACGCCCCUCCGAUACGAUUUAAAAACCAGUGAAAUGAUUUUUACCCGCUUCAUUGAGCCCCACGACGUAUUGGCGUGCCACUUGACCACCGGACACUGCCGCCAUGUUGCACGCUAUGAUAGCAGCCAACACCUUGCCGUCAUCAAAGACAAACUGGGCAUCAAGACCUUUCACUUGGCUGCCAACACGAUCCAGCUGUCGGCCCGCCAGAGCUUGGGCGUGUUGCAUGGCCGAGUGAUUGAGGACAACUCUUACCUCCCGUUGGCCUAUGUUGUCGAGUCGGUGCCUCCGUAUCGCGUCCUGGGCAUGGGCCAGCAGCAGCUUUGCCUGCCCAUUCCAGACCGACCUUCCGGCGUGGAUCGGACCCGCUACGUUUACGUCCACUCGCUCCGCUCCGUCAACUCCACCCACAUCCUCGUCGGCUACAACGUCCGCGACCACAGCGUGACCUUGGCCGUCCUCCCCCUCACCGCCCUUUUGAAUACCAUCCAGUGGUUCACGUCGUAG